CGUCCCGCCUGUCUCCUUCCUCAGUGUCGUCGACUUGAAUCCCACGGAUUCUAUUCUCUCUCCCUCCUACAUUCAACAAGUAGAUUUCUUAGUUGCUUGAGCAUCCUCCAUUGCUCUGAGUAAGAGACCUGCUGCUUGGACAGAGACUGGGAUCUCGAAAAGAAGCUUCAAACCUUAUUGAAGCAGGACGUUCCUAUCGGCUGACAUCCUGACACGCUACGAUCCGCCAGCUCGACGGAAAGCUCCUACGUCUAUUGCGUCUACUACGUACGAACCACACUAGGCCUCGACGCGUGUGAGAAAGAACAUCUCCCACUGCAGCCUCUAUAUUAACAGCUUUUCUAAUCCAACGAAGGCACACGGCAAACAGCAAAGAUGCCAAUAAGGUCACGGUGGACGGAGCUCAUUCCGAACUGCUCCUUGCAGACAUGGAUUUUCGGCUCCUCUUUUGACCCUCUCUCUGACCGCAAGGCUUUCUAUGAUGCCGACCGUCCAGACACACACUACCUAACCUUCUCCGACUACCGCACUGUGGCCAAGCAGAUCGCCAUCGGUCUCAAGGCCGCGGGCCUCAAACCCGGUGACCGCGUGCUGCUCUUCUCGGGCAACAACCUCUUCUUCCCUGUCCUCUUCCUUGGCGUCCUGAUGGCCGGUGGUAUCUUCACCGGCGCCAACCCUGGAUUUGUCACCCGCGAGCUCGCAUAUCAGCUCAAUGACAGCGGCGCGACCUUUAUGGUCGCCGCCGAGGGCAGUCUCGACACCGCCCUAGAAGCCGCGAAGCAGGUCUCCAUGCCCACGAGCAACGUCUUCGUCUUCGACACCACAAUUCCCGGCUCUGGCAAGGCCGAGAAGCCCGCGCGGGAUGGUGCCCGCCACUGGACCGAGCUGAUCGCCCCUCGAUCGCAGGCUGAGAAAUUCGAAUGGGUUGAGCCUUCUGACGCCCGCACUACGACGUGCUGUCUCAAUUAUAGCUCCGGCACGACUGGCGUACCCAAAGGCGUCGAGAUUUCACACUACAGCUAUGUCGCCAAUGGCACUGGCGUUGUCAAGGUAUCGGCUCUGGAACAGGACCAUGAGGCAUCUAUCGCCCGCUCCGUUGGCCUUUGUUUCUUGCCCCUCUACCACACCUACGCCCAGACGUACUUCGUCGCCAACUUCGCCAAGCAGGGCAUCCCCGUCUACAUCAUGGCGGGUUUCGAUUUCGUCAAGAUGCUCACCUACAUCCAGCGCUACCGCGUCACCCAGCUCGUUAGCGUGCCCCCCAUCCUUGUCGCCCUGACCAAACACCCCAUCACCGCAAAGUUCGACCUCAGCAGUCUCGAGAGCGUCGGCUCUGGCGCCGCACCCCUCCCAGCCGAUGUUGCUCGCCAAACGGAGCGCAUUCUCAAGAAGGACGAUCUCAUCGUUCGCCAGGGCUGGGGCAUGACCGAAGUCACCUGCACCGCCAUGACCUGGGACCCGACGCGCCUGGAGCGCAGCUCCUCCGUUGGCGAACUCAUGCCCAACUACCAGGCGAAGCUCGUUGGCGAGGACGGUAAGGAGAUCACCGAGGCCAAGGUGCCCGGCGAACUCUGGGUCACGGGCCCGACUGUCAUGCGCGGCUACUGGCGCAACCCUAAGGCGACCAAGGAGACGAUCGUUACAGACGCCGAGGGCAACCGCUGGCUGCGUACGGGAGACGUCGCAUACGUCCAAGAGUACAAGACAGGCGGUCUCUUCUUUAUCGUCGACCGCAUGAAGGAGCUCAUCAAAGUCAAGGGAAACCAGGUCGCUCCCGCCGAGCUCGAGGCCCUUCUUCUCGAGCGGCAGGAUGUCGCUGACGCUGCCGUCGUCGGCGUCACCCUCGACGGAGAGGAGUUUCCGCGGGCCUACAUUGUCCGGUCGCCUGGGACCAGCGCCACAGGCGAGGAGAUAGCCAAGUGGUUGGAGAAACGGGUUUCCAAACACAAGCGCCUCAAAGGCGGGGUUGCGUUUACAGAUGUUAUCCCCAAAAACCCUUCGGGCAAGAUCUUGCGAAAGAUCCUUAGAGACAAGGCCAAGCAGGAAGUUGGCAAUUCUGUUUCAAAGCUAUAGCUAUAGGAAGAAGAGAGUUUCGACAAGGCAACAAGCUGAUUGUAGUUACUAGAUCUAGCGGCGCCUCCACAGACAGAGAGAGCUCGCUACAUAUAUGGCUUCAAAGUGAAAUAUCAGCUGUAGAAAGAAGAAUAUAGUGGUGGACUCUCUAGGGACC